AUGGCCACGGACUUACAGACUCCCCCGCCCAACCACAAGGAUCGCUUGCUGGUCCAGAUUGCGUCGUAUAACACGGCGCUGCAAGGCCUCAACGGCGUUCCGCAAGAUCUGGUCGACUGGUUGUCCCCCACGCUUCAAGUGUCCCAUUUCUUGUCGCGGGAGAGGCGUGCGCCAGAUAUUGUUGCCGUCGGCUUUCAAGAACUACUCCCACUAUACCUCGGACUCGCCGGUCUGUCCAAGUCCGUCAUCGAGGGCCGUCAUCAACAUAUCCUUGCCGAGAUUGAAGCGCAUGCACCAAACAAGGAGAAGUACUCACUGGUGGGGAAGAUAGUGAAUGGAGGGGUCGCGCUGCUGGUAUACGCCCUCGAUGAGGGUGUGGCGCGCAGGAUCACUGACGUACACACGUCCUACUCGAGCUGCGGGCCAGGCUACAUGUCGAACAAGGGAGCUACUGGCGUACGUUUCCGCGUUGCAGGGGAGGAUGGGGGACUGGGAGAAACCUUUACGUUCGUCUGCGCGCACCUAACAGCCCAUGCUGAGAAGGUCGCAGACCGCAUAGCGGACUACAACCACAUCGUUGGCACUUUGCUCUUCCCCCCUUCCCCUGGCGCACCCAGCAAUGUUCCCUCGACCAUCUACGACUCCUCUCAUCUGUUCUUCUUUGGAGACCUGAACUUCCGCCUUGACCUUCCCAAUUCACUAGCACCGCCUACCAGCUCGGGCUAUUCCCUCAUGGAUAACAACGAGCAACUACAAGAGCUCAAGGUGUACGACCAGCUAUCCAACGAGAAGCAACGGCGGACAGCCUUCAUAGGCUUGCAUGAAGGCGAGUUCUGGAAGUUCAAGGCAACCUACAAGUGUAUCAUCGGCGCGGUAGACAAGUACAAUCCCGCGCGCGUACCAGCCUGGACCGACCGCAUCCUCUACGCUACACAUUCGGAUGACCCAGAGGCAUCCGAGUCGACCAUAACAAAUGUUCUGUAUACCUCAAUACCGUCAUAUACGACCUCGGACCAUAAACCCGUCGUUACCCUGCUCCUUCUCCCGACCCCCACCCAGCGCACCGACACCAUCCCAACCAUCCGCCUCCCCUCAGGCUACCACCCAUCCCCCGACCCCUGGACCAAGCCCAAGCGCUACGUCGGCCUCGUCCUCGACAAGGUCGUCGGUAUCACCUGGUGGCUGUUCACCCUCUUCGGGAUGGGCUCGUCCAUCGUCGGGCUGUUCAAUGCCCUAGUUGGCUUUGGCGCGUGGCGGUGGUACCGGUGGUGGUCGUCCGCGGCGGACGAGGUCAAUGGUGUGUGA